AUGUCCUUCUGGCAACUGAAUUACCGCAGCUCCUCCCUCAAGUUCAAUGCCGUCCCAGAAUGGUGGGACGAGUACAUCAACUACGAUGCACUCAAGAAGACCAUCUACCAACUCGAGAAGCAGCAGGUUGGGCUCGCAGACUCUACACGAGACCUCCGCGAUCUUGAAGCGAAUGAGGAAACCGCGCUCAUGGGUCAUGUAAGACAUACCGACACGGAUAGUCUGUUCGUACCGCUUUUGGACCGUGAGCUCAAGAAGAUCUGCGUCUUCUACGAGUCUCAGGAGAGGGAACUGCUCGGUGAGGUCGCUCAGCUCGAGCGGCUGGCCCAACAGCAGGAAGAGGCCGGGCCAGAUGCAGGACACCAGUACAUGGACCCGGAUGUGGACACGGAGGAGGAGGACGAGGACGAUGAAGGGGAUGAAUUCAACACCAUGAGCCCUCCGAUUAGCCGAGAUCACACGCGCUCGCCAUCGCGUCGUCCGGGUCGGCGGCACGCUCGGUCGUUGAGCAGUGCUGCGGGAGGUCCUUCAGGUAAUAUCACGUCCAUGGUAGCCCCACCAACGGUAUGGACGGCGAAGAACAACUACGCAAUGGAUGUACAACUCUUAUUCAAGCGGCGGAUCACCAAUCUGUACCUUUCCGUGACCUCGCUACGGUCGUACAUCGAGUUGAACUAUUCAGGAUUCCGCAAGAUCCUCAAGAAGUAUGACAAGGUCACCGAAAAUUCUCUGCAAGACCACUAUAUACACGACGUCGUCGAGCAGGCGCCCCCGUUCUCACAGGCGUCGAAGAACCGCAUAGCGGCGGCGGCGAAUUUGCUGAUACAAUUGUACGCGCGGUGCGUGACUCGCGGGGAUAUACAGGCGGCUCAGCGACAGUUGAAGCUUCACCAGCGCGAGCAUAUUGCAUGGGAGCGCGACACGGUAUGGCGGCAAAUGAUCGGUGAUGCCCGUCGUGGCCAGGCAAAUGGGGGCGCACCAGGCACCCUUGUGGCAGAAGAGGAGAAGGGUUUAGUGAGUGUCCGCACACGCGUGGGGCACCUCCGCGUGACGACGAAGCAGCUAUACUUGCUGAUCGCGGUGCUCGUUUUUGUGGUGCUUCUAAACGUGCACACUGUGGAAGGUGUGGAGGCGAAUCGCUGUCUAGCGGUGCUCGUCUUUGCGACAAUCAUGUGGGCCACAGAGGCAAUCCCGCUGUUCGUGACGGCAAUACUGGUGCCACUACUUCUGGUCUGCUUGCGUGUAAUUCGUCAGCAGGACGACAGCGGUGAGAAGGUACGGCUGAGCACCCCGGACGCAACCAAAUACAUUUUCUCAGUGAUGUUCUCGCCGACCAUCAUGCUCCUCAUUGGCGGCUUCACAAUUGCCUCAGCGCUGAGCAAGACAGCAAUUGAUCGUGUCUUGAUCACGAAAGUGCUCAGCCUGGCAGGAACACGCCCGAGCGUCGUCCUUCUCGCGUUCAUGGCUGUAGCGUGUUUCGCAAGUAUGUGGAUCAGCAAUGUUGCGGCACCGACACUGUGCUUCUCCCUCAUUCAGCCAAUCCUCCGUACAUUACCUCCGAAGUCCAAGUUUGCGCCAUGUCUUAUUAUAGGUAUUGCCUUAGCGGCUAAUAUCGGUGGACAAAGCUCUCCUAUUUCAUCGCCUCAGAAUCUCAUUGCGCUCGCGGCGAUGGAUCCACCAUUGGACUGGGCUAGUUGGUUUGCUGUCGCGCUCCCUGUCUCUGGAAUCUCGAUACUGCUGAUCUGGGCGUUGUUGCUCGUGAGCUACCGGCCCGCGCGUUCGCCUGACGGGGAGGGCGACAUUGUCAUUCGGCCGAUCCGCGCAGCGCGGGAGCGGUUCACGCUCAAGCAGUACUGGGUGUCCCUCGUGUGUCUGGUCACGAUCGGGCUGUGGUGCUUCGAGAACCGGCUAGAGAAUAUUGUCGGCGAUAUGGGUAUCAUCGCGAUUAUCCCAAUAGUAGCGUUCUUCUCGACUGGUGUGCUCAAGAAGGAGGACUUUGAGCAGUUCCUGUGGACGGUCGUCUUCUUGGCUAUGGGCGGCAUUGCACUGGGCAAGGGUGUGACGUCAAGCGGGCUACUGGAUGUCAUGGAUGAGGAUAUACGCAGUAUCAUACAGGACCUAUCGUUGUACAAGGUCGUACUGGUCUUGUCCGUGAUCGUUCUAGUCGUCUCCACCUUCAUUAGUCACACGAUCGCUAGUGUGCUGUUGGUACCCAUUGCCAAGGAAGUCGGGAGCCAUAUGCCCGGACACCGCGAGAAUCUACUUAUCUUCCUAACCGGCCUACUGUGCUCCACUGGCAUGGGUAUGCCUGUGUCAGGAUUCCCAAACCAGACAGCUGCAAACCAAGAAGACGACAUGGGCCAGCUAUAUCUGUCCAAUGUCGACUUUUUGAAGAACGGUGUACCAGCAAGCGUCGUUGCGAUGCUGGUUGUAGCGACGGUAGGCUUUCUGCUCGCGCAGGCGAUAGGGUAUGUGUACUAUGGUAUUCUGGAACGCUCGUGA